AUGGCCGCAGAAUGGAUCUACAGCGUCACCAAGGAGCCGCGGCGGCGGCUCGAUGACCCCGCGACCCACCGGGACAUCAAGGCGUUGCUGGAGAAACAGCCGUCUGUUUCGUUGGCUGUUGCCCGCGUGCUGCACGAGCCGGCACCGCUGCGGCGCACGGCCGUGAAUGUGGAUGGCCGGGUGGAGGAGCAGGUGGUGCCUCACCCGGAAGCUCCCACCCUGCUGCUGCCGUCGGGGUGGCGCAGUUGUGCAUGA